AUGUCGCUCCACUGGGACAUCAACUGCGAUGGCUGCGGGACGCCGAGGCUGCUCCUCUACCGCUUCAAGUGCCUGCGCUGCCCGGAUUACGACCUGUGCGCCGAGUGCCACGAGGACGGAAUCACCGGCGGCGAUCACGAGCGGGGUCACCCCUUCCAGUGCCUCCUGGACCGCGCCGCCCGUGAGCUGCACUUUGGGGGCGGGACGAUUCCGGAUCUGUGCGCCGACAGCUUCACCUGUCCGCUGUGCUCCAAGGUGGGUCUGUCGGCCGGGCAGUUGAUGGACCACUGCCAGGCGAAGCACCACCUGAUGCGCACCCCCGUCAUUUGCCCCCUCUGCGUGGCGGUGCCUUCCUCGCAUCCGCACAUGGUCACCAACCUGGCCAACCACCUGGCCCUCUGGCAUCCGUCGAGCAUUUUGCGGGAUCAGGAGUCUGACCCUGAGUCCCCGGAAUCCCCGCUGCCCCACUUCCCAUGGCGCUCGUUCUCUGGAAUGGGAACUGGAAGGGCCACCCACCACCGUCUGCCCAGCCCACAAAUGCCGCAGGUGCGCUUCCUUGUGCCCAGGGGCACGCCCCCCUUGGCCACGUCCGAGGAUCUCAGCGACGAGGAGAUCGUUGAGAUGUGA